GGUCACGGUACUAGCGACCUAUCAACACGCUUCGACAUUACAGGUGUCAAUGAGACAUCCUUUGCUCUUGCUAUGUAGCUAUCCACGCUCGAUGCAGUCCUGUCAACUUCCAGCGGCUCUGCGUUUGAUAUCUCUUCGUCUAGAACAAAAUGCAUUCCCGAGGUUGUCCAUACAGCUGCAACACCACCGAUACAUUCGAUACGGUACGCAUGCAGUCUCUGCACGCGUUCAGCCGCAGGCAAGGACUCCACCAGCACUGAGCUUAAAAAGCUUGCAAUUCAAGCAAAGAAGACAGCAUGCAACCCGACCUCCAGACGGCUCCCUUGCUAGUCACACUGGAAGCAUCAACCGUGAAAGUGCAAAGCUGCCCGGCUACAAGGCUCCUAUGACUGGUCUGCUCUCGAUCUUCCCUCGGAAUUUGGUCCCCUAUGCUGAACUUGCUCGCCUUGAUAAGCCUACAGGAACUUACUACCUCUUUCUCCCUUGCCUCUUCAGUACGCUUCUAGCUGCGCCUCUCGCAACGCCGAUAGCGCCACCGCUGACUAUCGCCUACACUACCGGACUGUUCUUCGCAGGCGCUCUUAUAAUGCGUGGCGCAGGUUGCACAAUCAAUGAUCUUUGGGACCGUAACCUGGACCCACGUGUGGCAAGGACGAGGCUGAGGCCUAUCGCUAGGGGUGCGGUUUCUGUCCAGCAGGCCAUUCCAUUCCUUGGUGUGCAGUUACUGGCCGGCCUCGGUGUGCUUCUACAGUUUCCGUGGCAGUGCUUCUUCUAUGCCACACCAAGCUUACUCUUCGUCGCUACAUAUCCGCUGGCAAAGAGGGUCACGAACUACCCACAGUUCGUCCUUGGUCUGACGUUCUCAUGGGGCGCCUUCGUUGGUUACCCUGCGCUAGGAGUGGAUAUACUUGCCAACAUGCCCGCUCUAGCUUCAGCAGCGUGUCUGUAUGGGAGCUGUGUGGCAUGGACAAUAGUUUAUGACAUGAUCUACGCCUACCAAGACAUUCGCGACGAUGCAAAGGUCGGCAUCAAAAGCAUCGCGCUGGCGCAAGAAGCCAAUGCCAAAGCAUUUCUUACGGCCGUUGCUGCACUUCAAGUUGCGCUACUUGCCGGUGCGGGAGCAGCUAUCAGUGCUGGCCCAGUAUUCUACUUAGGAACCUGCGGAUGUGCGGCGGUGACGCUCGGAUACAUGAUCCGGACUGUCAAUUUACAAGAUGUUGAAGACUGUUGGGCGUGGUUCAAGAAAGGUGCCUGGCUCACAGGAGGCGCGAUCGCGCUUGGCUUGACUGGUGAAUAUCUUGCGCACUAUUUCGGCUGGUACGAGCAUGUACGUGAUGAGAGUUAAGCUAUGGUACCUCGUCGAAGUGGCCUCUGCGAACCUUCAGCCUUUUUGCAUCUCAGAGAACUUCGCCAAUUUCCGUCAAGCCCGUCGCGCAAUUUUGUUGCCACUGGCGCCUUGUGUGCUCUCGUGGUACUGGGUCCGACGUGUUGAUGAAGCUCGGAGGAGCGUAUUCGACAAUGUCUUCAGACCGAUCAAGCGCCGGAACUCGAAAGUCGCGACCUGCAGUUGCAUUUGCUUUGGUACCUGAGCAUGUUGGCUUUCGCCAGAUGUGCGACCAGAGAUACAGCCACGCAGCUGUUCACCUGGCUGGCCCCACAAGCGUUUGACUUAGAUGAUGGCUUCGCAUCGUUAGUCGGUUGUCUUCUGAAGCUCGCUCAUCAUUCUGCUGGCCAGAUUGUGGCAGUCAUAGGAGGCUGAUCAAAUCGCUUGUCAUUCUUGGAUUGGUAAUCUGUAAUCUUCACGAGUUCACAUGUUCG